AUGUGUGUGGUGAUACAAACCGUCCCGUCUACAGCGCUUUGUAAUCGCCAUCUACCACUCAUCCAAAUGAUCCUUUCAUUAAUAUUCAUUCUUGCAUCGCUUCUCCAACAAUAUGGGUCGGAAGCUGAAUCAAGUCCUGUCAGCAAAUUUCACCUUCCAAGUGUAAAGGAGCAAAACGGAGUGCAAGAUUCCAACCAGGAGAAAGUCAUAACAGUGUCUGGAGAGGGAAUGGUCCACAGCCCAGACUUCCCACACACCUAUCCCAGGAAUACUAUGCUAGUCUGGAGACUAGUGGCCAACAGCAACAUGAGGAUCCAACUUACCUUUGAUGAGAGAUUUGGUCUGGAGGACCCUGAAGAUGGAAUAUGCAAGUACGACUUUGUGGAAAUAGAGGAUCCGACUGAGAAGACUCUCCUGGGUCGCUGGUGCGGGUCACAGUUGGUCCAAGGCAGUCACGUUUCCAAAGGAAGCCAGAUCACGAUUCGUUUCAUCUCUGAUGAGUAUUUCCCAUCUGAGCCGGGAUUCUGCAUCCGCUACUCCCUGCUGCCUGUGAGUGUAUCAGAGCCCAAAGCCCCUGCAGUUCUCCCUCCAUCCCUGCAGGACAUCGAGGAGCUGUCAGAGGCUGUGGCAGAGCUGAUCACUGUAGAGGAGGUCAUGAAGUAUCUGGAACCAGAAAGGUGGCAGAUGGAUAUGGAGGAGUUGUACAAACCUACAUGGCAUGUGCUGGGGAAAUCAUUCAUCCACACUAGGAAGGCCAGAGGUGGAGCUGAUCUCAAUCUUCUGAGGGAAGAAGUUCAGCUGUACAGCUGCACUCCACGUAACUUCUCCGUAUCCCUGCGUGAAGAGCUGAAAAGGACAGAUGCCAUUUUCUGGCCCGGCUGCCUCCUGGUGAAGCGCUGUGGUGGAAACUGCGCCUGCUGCUCCCACCGCUGCUAUGACUGCCAGUGCACUCCUGCCAGAGUUACAAAGAAAUAUCAUGAGGUUCUACUGCUGAAACAUCGAAGUGGUGGAAGAGGCCUGCAGAAGUCCAUGACUGAUGUGGCCUUGGAGCACCAUGAGGAGUGUGCCUGUGUGUGUAAAGAUGAUUCUGACUGACCUCAGACAUGUGUAAUAGCUGCCAACGGAAGCACACGGGAUGUUAGAAAUGAAGCUCUGCCGCUCUUCCUAUCUCAUCCACUACCACUGGAAGCUAACAAGAUUCCCCUUUUAUCCUGUUGUCCUUUUACUAAUUGGAUGAAGCAGAACAGACUGGAAUCUAAUAAAUCUUCCGAAUGGAUUUGACUGCUGUGGAAUACCAAUAGAGUGCUCUGAGUGCAUUUUAGAGAGGCCAAAAAAAAAUAAAAAAUCACUGGAGCAGAUCUGGACCAUUACCUAUGAGCUCUGAAGACUAUUUUCUUCCAUUCUUCUGAGAUAAGAACACUGAGGCAUUUGUGCCUCUUCUUCCUGAGGUCUUUUUUAAAGUUCAGUCAGUGUGGGCUGAUACUGUCAUGAAAAAUGGGAGCUUCUUUGUUCAAGUCCUUUUUUUAUGUCUAUAAGUGAGCUGGCUCCAGCCGCACUUACUCCCUUGGCUCCUCUAUUAUUACCAUCAAGGCAAAAAAAAAAAAAAGGUGGUUUUUCAGAGCUGUUUUCUUUUCCUCCCCUCUUGUUUUACCACAGAUUUAAUCUGUGGCAAUGUACAGCCACAGUAUAGUUUGAAAUGCAUCACUAAUGAGACUGCAUUAUGUGUAAAUAUUUUGUUUACGUUUCUUUUCUUUAUCGGUGUGCAUUUUCUGCCAAAGUUUUUAAGGAUAAAAGUUGCACAUGCAGAAUCAGUUCGAAGUAGUUCUUUAAGUCUUAAUUUGAUCCAUCUCAGCAAGAUUAAAUUAAACCUGCUUCCUUAAGAAAUGCCUGCCAUCAAACCAUUUCAACAUUUGAGGCUGUUCAUAGUAAAUAUUUAUUUGUUUAAUGAAAGGGAAUUUAGGUCCAAGAUGCCUUGUUUACUACAUAUUUCACUGUACAGUAGUAUUAGCCUCCAUUUUGUUUCUAAUUUUUAUAUUUUGAUUUUUCUCAUGGUUUCAUUUUCUGUAUGCCAGUAUUAUUUAUCUCUACUUUUGCUACAACUAUUUGUGCAUUUUAUAUAGCAAAAAUAAAUUCUUCCAUUUCUAUCUGAAUAUGCACUACUUGGGAUUGGAAAUGUUGAUCCGACCACUGAGAUAAAUACCAGAGUACCAAACCAAAGGCACACAAUGCUCAUGAAAAUAAAUGUUUAGCUUCUAAAAUAUUUCCAGUAAAACUGAACAGUAUUGCCAAAUAACGUGAAUAGAGAGCUUCCUUAUUUAAAUAGAAAAUUGUAGCAUAUUAUAUUAUUGAAAGGAUUUUUUUUUUGUUUUUAAGCACGGGGUUUGGAUUUAUUCUGACGUACAGUACACUGAGGUAUUAUCUACCGAGUACAUAGAAAAUGACCUGGUAGAUAAUAAUGCCUAGGGCAAGCCAUAAUUUUUUUGUUAGACCAAAAAAAGGCCAAUGAGACAUUAUAUUUAUUUACAUGCUAAUAUUCCAGUCAGCAAUCUGCUGGAUUUAUCCAUCAAAUGUAAUAUCUGGUGGGAAAAAUACCCCGAGGCCGAUUACACAACCAUUUCUUGUUCAAAGUAUAUAACAGAAUGUAAAGUGAUGCAUUUAAACCCUGAAUUGAUUAAAUUCCAAGUGGAUUUUAAAUGACCAAGUGGAAGUCUAAAUUACAAACUUAGAAACACUUAACCAUGGUUUGCAAUAGGAUCUUGUGACUGUGUAUGACUGACUAAACUCGCAGAUUAGAAUUACAUGAACAGUAGAAAAUGAUAAUAAUGAUUAUGUAUGCGUAUACAUUUUAAUCCAAAACAUUACCUGACGAGCAGUCAGCAUUUGUCCCUAAAAGCAUAUGUUGUGGGGAAAAAGUGUGUUUUUCACUCCACGAGCUCUUUAUCAGGCUCUGAGCAGCACUGUUCAUUCUCCCCUUGGCCAUCAGGUCACCCAGGAGGAGGUUUUCAUUUGUCCAUCUCACACUGCUGUCCUGGCCAAUUACUCUGAUCUAAUGUGCGCCCUGGCAGGAAUCUGCGGUGACGCCAGAUGCUACUGCAUAAACUUGCCGGCUCCCAGUGCGGCUUUUAUAAUAUUAAACAGACUGUCUUCCUUUGUUGGUGGAGUGUUUCUUUGCAAAGGAAACCUCACUGCACUGGCAUGAGAUGUGACAUUAUAUGGGCAGUUGGUCUGGCUCUUGUUGUGUUUGUGGAUGUGUGAGUGUGGAUGUGUACAAUUGAAUCCAGCCCUUCCAUCCUUCACCCACGUGCCCUUCUGCUCUUAAGCACAAUACGUCUGGCAAUUAACCAAUUUUAAAAUAAUUUUCUCUCUGAAGUAAAAUAAACUCUUAUUCUGCAUUCAAAUU